GCAGGCGGCAGCGACGAGAGCUGAACCGAGGCCGUCCCGCCCGACCAGCCGGAUGAAGCCGCCCUCAAGAUGAACCAUGGGACAGCGUUACUGUGGAAACGACGAGACAUUGAUAAAGAUCUGCAGGUGGCGCCUUCUCAGCCCAAGAGCAGACGGUUGGAUCCCGCAAGUCCCAGACUUGACAGAGCCCUGUCCGGUCUGAGCGCGACCCGCCGGGGACUCCCCAAGGAGAAGAUGACCGACAACGGGAUGAUGUCCCGCGCCAAGGUGCUGACCAUCGACAACAUGAACCCCACCGUGAAGAAGGUGGAGUACGCGGUGCGCGGGCCCAUCGUGCAGCGCGCCGUGGAGCUGGAGCGGGAGCUGUCUGAGGGAAUGAAGAAACCCUUCGCAGAGGUCAUCAAGGCCAACAUCGGGGACGCGCACGCCAUGGGCCAGCAGCCAAUCACCUUCUUCAGACAGGUGCUGGCUCUGUGCUCCUACCCCGAGCUCCUGAGCGACAGCACGUUCCCCGAGGACGCUAAAAGUAGAGCGUGCCGCAUUCUGCAGUCCUGUGGAGGAUUCAGCAUGGGCUCCUACAGCGCCAGCCAGGGCAUCGACUCGGUGCGGCAGGACGUGGCCCAGUACAUCCAGCGGCGGGACGGAGGCGUGCCCUGCGACCCCGACAACAUCUACCUGACCACCGGGGCGAGCGACGGCAUCGUGACCAUGCUGAAGCUGCUGGUGUGCGGCGAGGGCACGAGCCGUGCGGGCGUGAUGAUCUCCAUCCCGCAGUACCCGCUGUACUCGGCGGCGCUGGCCGAGCUGGGCGCCGUGCAGAUCAACUACUACCUGAACGAGGAGGCGUGCUGGAGCCUGGACAUCCCGGAGCUGCAGCGCGCCGUGAACGAGGCCCGGCGCUACUGCAACCCCCGGGCCCUGUGCAUCAUCAACCCCGGAAACCCCACAGGUCAGGUGCAGAGCAGGCAGUGCAUCGAGGAUGUGAUCCGGUUCGCGGCCAAGGAGCGUCUCUUCCUGAUGGCGGACGAGGUGUACCAGGACAACGUUUACGCCGACGGCUGCCAGUUCCACUCCUUCAAGAAGGUGCUGUUCGAGAUGGGGCCUGAGUACUCGGAGACGGUGGAGCUGGCCUCCUUCCACUCCACCUCCAAGUGCUACAUGGGAGAGUGUGGCUUCCGCGGAGGCUACAUGGAGAUCAUCAACAUGGACGACGACGUGAAAGCUCAGCUCACCAAGCUGGUGUCGGUCCGGCUGUGCCCCCCCGUGCCCGGACAGGCCCUCAUGGACCUGGUGGUGAACCCGCCGCAGCCCGGCGAGCCCUCCUACAACAACUUCAUCAAGGAACGCACAGCCACGUUAAGUGCCUUGGCGGAAAAGGCCAAACUCACCGAGCAGGUCCUGAACACGGUGGAGGGCAUCAGCUGCAACCCGGUGCAGGGCGCCAUGUACUCCUUCCCUCGCAUCACCAUCCCGGAGAAGGCCGUCCAGGAGGCCGCGGAAAAAGGACAGGCGCCCGAUAUGUUUUACUGCAUGAAGAUGCUGGAGGAGACGGGGAUCUGCCUCGUACCCGGGAGCGGCUUCGGACAGAAAGAUGGAACUUAUCACUUCAGGAUGACGAUCUUACCUCCCAAAGACAAGCUGCAGAUCCUCCUGAACAACGUCAAAGAGUUUCACCAGAGGUUCACGCUGCAGUACUCCUAAAGCGAGCUCCUCCUCCUGCUCCUCUUCCUCCUCCUCCUCCUCCUCCUCCCCCUCCACCACACGGGAAAGUAUCAGCCAAUCAGAACCGUGCCUUUGCCGCGGCGGUCUCCUGGACGUCGGAGGACUUCUCACACGCGGUGGUGGCGACGCUCUGUUUUCAGUUUCGCCAACACCAAACCAAACUGGAACGGAAGUCAAGAAGAAGACAAGGAAAAACUCUCUCCCAGAUGGUCUCAAAGCAAAAAGAAAAAAACCAGACGGUUUCCUGUGUUUCCUGUGCUGGUUUCCUCCCAGAGGAUGUAAAUACUGUAGGUCUGUGAACUAUAGCUUAGCUUGAACGUAGCUUAGCGGU